GGAAACCACCUUCACGAAUGUUGAAAUUGUUUCAAGAAGCAACUAUAUAGGACAGAUUCCACCGCGUAGAUUGAUAAAUCUCUAUCAAGAACGCUGUUUAUUUGCUCCUGUUCUAAAGUUCGGUUAUUAAGAUAUCGUGAGAUGGAUCCUACAUCUUUUGGAAUGGUGAAAGGAGAGGUCCAGCGCCUUCCUUUCAAAGACGACAAAGUGAAAGCAAUUGCCUAUGCUCAAGGAUAUUUCUACGCAGAGCAAGUCGGAGAACUGAUGAGAGAGUUCAGUUUCGACGAUGAUCGCCUUAAAGGACUUCAAGCUUGUGUUGGGAAAAUGUUGCCUGCGACGUGUGCCAGCAUAUUGUCGAUUCUGAGGGCUUUUUCCUUCGACAAAAACAAGAUUCAGGCGCUUGAGCUGGUCGUUGUGCAAAUCACCGAUCCACCGAACUUUCCUGUUUUUAACGACGUCUUCCCCUUCAUGAAAGAUCGGCAGCGAGUCAGUGUCAUCAUGCAAAGGAGGGCAAGUAUGCCUCCCCCACAACCACCUGCCUUCGUGAACCCCGCCAUGGCGGGCAAUCCUUACCCGUACGGUAGACCCAAGCCGAGUGUGGAUCCUAACGACCCGCUCUACAGAGCUGUUGACGGCGCAGUGAGUGGUGUUGCAUCAGUAGUGGACAGUGCUUGUGGUGCCUUGUUUGGCAGGCCUUCGCGUCCUGGUGCUGUUGUUGUGCAGCGGCCAGUUGCGUACCAAACAACAGCCACUACCUAUGUAACACCUCCAGGGGCAGGGGUGCAGGUCUUGCAUGUCCCACCAGCUGCGACAGUGACAACCGUCCCACAAGCAGCACCAGGGUACCAGCACUACCCACCUGGUUACUACCCCAUGGGACAGGCACCACCUCCAUAUCAGGCAGGAGGAUAUCCAACCCAACAGUGGAAGUGAAGUCAGUAGUGACUUUAGGGAGAGAAAAAUUGCUCUUUGAGGGUGUUUUAUUCUCUAGGCAUGAUAUAUGCAUUUGUCUUUAAAAUAAAGAUGUAUUCCUUCAAGACAACUUUCAUAUUUCUCAUGAAAACAACAAGUACCCAAUUGGGCUGGAUGGCUCAUUUUAUAUGUAAUGUAAAACAAAUUUAUUACAUUAAUUUGUAUUUUUUGUAAUAUCAAUGCAACACUUUGCCUUUCCUGGUCUGAAAAGCACUAACUUUUUCUUUGUUCCAUCAUCUUACUAUGAGAAUAUAAAACUUGAUUAAAGACUGCUGCUUUUAUUUGAUUUCUACUAACUGGCUUGCAGAUUCCUGUUUAUUCCAUAAUGACACUUGUCUAUAAACAAAUGAAAAAUUAAGGUACAGGUAGCACUGUACAGCUGUGAAGCUCAGGUAACUGGAAUUUGGAAUAGAAGGGGUGUGAAGUUUACCAUGACUAAAAAAGUUAGGAUUUCGUCCUACAAUUAAUUGUAAUGCAUAGUGAGAGCUACAGCAAGGGUUCUUGUUAUUGUUGUUUUUAAGAGAAAUCUUUAAAGUUUUAGAUUACUUUUGAGGUAUAUUUUUGUCAUUGUCUAUCUUGUGGGGGGUAUGUUUGUUUCCUUUUCAUUCUUGUUUUAAAGUCUUUGGAAUCUAAUUAGGAUAUUUGCAGUUUUAAGAAACCUUUUUUUUAGUCAGGAAUUUAAUCUAUCAAGUAGAUACUGAUUUAAACAAAAUGACUUAUGCUAUGUCUGUAGAACAGUAUAUGUAAAUAAAGAGGCAAAGAAGUGAAACAGUUUCAAGAGCAAAAA